AACCGUCAAUGCACAUUUUACCAUUCAAACAAAUCAAUCAAUUGCCAGAAACCUCGAAAAGCAAAUUAUUUGUAAUAGGUUUAUUAAUAACAUUAUUAUUUAUUAACGUAGUAGCAGAACCAGUAAUAAUGAAGACAGGCCCGUUAUAUGGCAUCUUAGCAAACUCAAAAACGCGUAUGCGUUGUGUUUUUUGUGGAGUUUACAUUCCAAAGGCCAACAAAUGUAUCGAAGAACAUACGAAUGGUACAAAACAUAAAGAAAACAUAGACCAAAUGGCUGAAAAUGGAAUGAUUUACAACAACGAACAAUUAUAUUGCAAGCCUUGCAAUGUGAAUCUCUCUGAAGAGGACUCUGUUGCCUCUCAUAUCGAAAGUGACGAUCAUGCCAAUUGGAUGGCAGCCGUCGACAAUUUAAUAGAGGGCGAAUUCAUCAACGUCGAUUCUUAUUUAGCAAGCGAAAGUGAAGACGUAUAUUGCGAAGUUUGCAAUUGCAACAUUAAUUGCUCCCUCCAAAACAUAGAGACUCAUGUUAACGACAUUUUACAUCGAAGCAACGUCGCUGAAAAACUGAAACCGUUAAAUGGAAUAUUCCGCGUGGAUAAUGACGAUGAAUUAUGGUGCAAGCUUUGUGAUGAAUAUAUAGAGAAUACUUCCAUAAGUGUUUUGGAACACAUUGAUGACUCACCAGAGCACAUGGAAUGGUUUAUUCAUAUUGAAGACCUGAUCGACGGCCAGGAGGUAUCUAUUCAAGACUUCCUUAAAAAUGAGCACGAGAAAAACGCAUUCUGUAACAAAUGUCAGGUAGAAAUAAUUUGUAAUGCUCGUAGUAUUGAAGACCACGUCCAUAGUGAAGCACAUUUAAAUCAGUUUAGUUAAUGUUUUUUUUUUACCAUAACUAGCUAAUUUGAUUGAAAUUAAAAACAACAAAUAAUAUUUGUUUCUUAUUAUUUUGAAUAACUUAAUGAAGAAAAUAUGAAAAUAUUGUAAUAAACGUAAUAGAUUUUUAUGUUA